GGCCCUCUUAAAGGGAGUGAGGAGACAUCCGUUAAGUCUCUGCGGUGAGUUGUGUUGGGGUUCAGGACAGCAGGGUGAGGAUCGGGGCACGGAGAGGAGACAGACAAGGCAACCCAGGAUGAGGACUCUGCUGCUGCUCGUCGCGGCUUUCAGCUUGGCCCACGCAAAGCAAAGAAGUCAGUUUACACGUUAUCGAUCAUGGAACUCCAGGAUGUAUCCGGUGUGGAGAGACGGAGACGCGAGGUUCAGAAACUGUUGGUCUGGUGGUGAAGUGACCUUUGACCUAAAGAACGACGCACCCACCCUGACUGGAGCAAGAGCAACCUUCAACAUUAAUCUGAACUUCCCACCAAAUCAGACAGUGCUCCCUGAUGGACAGGUGGUCUGGGCCCAAAACUGCACCGUGGAUGGUCAGCAGUAUCAGGAAGGUCAGGCUGUGUAUCCAGACCAAGACACUGGGUCAAAUGGAGUCUUCCCUGAUGGGACACCUUUCACCAGGACCCAGAACAGGAAGCCCCACUACGUGUUUGUGUGGAAGACCUGGGGGCGUUACUGGCAGGUGGCAGAUGGACCAUCCUCCUCACUCACCAUCGGUACAGACAAUGUGCCCCUGGGCUCCUACAACAUGGAGGUUGUCAUCUAUCACUGCCGUGGCAAAGACAAGUUCAUCCCCCUUGGUUAUGCCUCCACAGUGUUCACCAUCACAGACCAGGUUCCAUUCACCGUAUCGCUCGCCCAAGUCAAUGAUGUAAACCAGGACGACCAGAACUUCAUCCAGAACCGAGCCAUCGCUUUUAGCAUCAAGCUCCACGAUCCCAGCCAGUACCUGAACAACGCAGAGAUCAGCUUCAGCUGGGACUUCGGUGACAACAGUGGAACGCUGAUCUCCAGAGAUCUCACUGUCACACACACAUACCUGGCAGUUGGGACGUUCAAACCACAGGUUGUCCUGAUGGCCAGCAUCCCCAAUGGCUGUGGAAACCCCACUGCUGUUGUUCCUAUGGAUGCCUCUGCUGCUCCAGCAGUAGUUGUGGUACCAGCCACCCCUGCAGCCAUCCCAGCUGCACCAGCUGAGGGAGGAGAUGCAAUUGCUCUGGACGUUCCAGCUUCUGAUGCCACUCCACUCGCUGCUUCCGUGCAGCCAGCUGAUGCAGUCGCGAACACAGAUGAUGCAGAAACAGUCGUUGAUGCCGACACAGAGGCGGCAGCGGUGGCUUCAGUGGCCCCUGCAGAAGCUGAUGCGGCCGCUGUUCCCACUGGAGAAGAACCUGCUGACACUGCUGUUCCUGCUGCAGAAGCAGAUGUUGCUGCUGAGGAGACAGUUGCUGCGGCAGUAGAGGAGGCCACCGACGCCGCGGUCGCACCAGCAGCUGAAGAGCCAGCAGAUGCUGAAGCAGCUGCAGCAGAUGAUACCGCAGUAGAUGCUGAAGCAGCUGCUGCAGAUGAUACUGCAGUAGAUGCUGAAGCAGCUGCUGCAGAUGAUACCGCAGUUGUGACAGAUGUAACUGUAGAAAAUGUGCCUGUGAUUGAUGCCGCUGCUUCAGUUGCCCCUGCUGCAGAGGGAGGAGAAGUAGCAGUUGAGGUCGCUGCCACUGUUGCUCCUGUGGCAGAUGAAGCCGUAGAGCAAGAUGCUGAUGUGACUGCUGGCGCUGAAGCUGCUGUUGAAGCUGCUGUUGAAACUGCCGAGGCCACUGCUGCUGCCACAGGCGCUGUCCAAGCUGAAACAGAAGCUCCUGUGGAUAACAUUGUAGCUGCUGCUGCCACUGAGGCCACAGUAGUGGAGGAGGAGGCACUAGCUGAUGCUGUAGCAGAUGCUGAGGCUGAAGUCCUGGAAACUGAGAAUGAAGUUGCUGCUACUGUAGCUGCUGCAGCAGGUGAAGAAGAGGUUGCUCCAGCCGAGGGUGAAGUUCAAGUUGAAGUGGAGGCAGAGCCAGCACAGGUUGCCCUUGUUCUGGCCAAAAGACAAGCACCAGAGCUGACUGCUGACUGUACAGUGUACCGUUAUGGCUCUCUCGCCACAUCUGUAGAUGUUAUCCAGGGAAUAGAAAGUGUCGAGAUCGUACAGAUGUCCAAUGUUGUAGCAAUGGCCACUGAGUUGGAUCAGAAUGCUGUGGAUGUCACCAUUACAUGUCAGGGAAGUUUGCCAAGCGAGGUGUGCACUGUCAUCUCUGACGCUGACUGUAUCACACCGGUACAAACUAUCUGUAGCGCAGCCACACCCUCUCCAGACUGUCAGAUGAUCCUUCGUCAGUUCUUCAAUGACACCGGCACUUUCUGCCUCAAUGUCUCCCUGACUAAUGAUGUCAGCCUUGCCAUGGCAAGUGCUAGAGUCAGUGUGACAGUGGCCUCGGGGGGUUCCCCAGCUGGAACUGCUGCUACAGUGCUCGGUGUUAUGGUUCUCGCCUGUGUCAUCUGUUGCAUUGGUUUGAUGUACAGGCGGUUCAAGCAGUACCAGCCACUGAGAAACGACUCCAGCAGUGGAGGCAGCUCAGCAGUAACAUCGGUGCCUUUGCUGUUGUGGAACCUGCUGAGCCGACAGUCACCAGGUGAAAGCCGUCCACUGCUUCAGGGAAGGAUUGUGUGAAAACCAUCAUCGUCAUGAAGAUUUAUGCACUCCACCUUUACUUCAUCUGCUAACAUAUUGGCUUUCUACGCAUAAUACUGUGGGUAGCAAUACUGUAACUCCAAGCCAAUAAGCCAGAACCAGAUAAGUGAAGGAGAAACCACAUUGAAAUCAGGAGUUAUGUGUGUCAUUUAAAAAAACAAAAACAAAAAACACAUUUGUAGAGGUAUUUAUUUUGACCUAUAACAUUUGUAUUAACACGGCUUUAGAGAAGCCGUAACAUAUUCUCCUAUUUGUGGCCUACUUAUACUGAAGCAAUUGGAAAAUCAGUGUUAACACAUAUUGUUCAAUUUCUUGAUAAUGUCAUUUAAAUCGUAACAGAACACUAUCAUGUUUGUUAAACUGAAACAAAUAAAAUGGUAUUUUAUCACUGUGA